GCUUAUUUUACAAAGUACGCUCGAUGAGAACCGAACGCGAGAGAGAGAGAUUGAUACGCGGCGCGCGGGGAGAGAAAUGGAGUGACGAGUGAUAUUAUAUACGCGCGCGAGUCAUUAUCAGUCCAUUUUGGGAUUUCUGGUCUAGCUGAUCGCUGCUACUCGCGUUGCUGCUGCUGCUGCUGUGUGACGGAUAAAUUUUUUUUCUCACGAUCCCGUGUGUUUGUGCGUCUGUUGUUGGGCAGAUUUUUCGCUCUGUUAUCUCCCUCUCGUCUACUUGGUCCCAUAACUCUCUGCCGUGCUGCUGGUGCUGUUACUACUGCUGCUGCUGCCGCUGGCUGAAGCUCCGCGCGAUAUGUAUCCUCGGGCUCAGUUUUUACGAAAAUCCAACACGUGCUACACGUCCGCGAAACUCGGCGCGGCGCCGACGAUGCUCCUCUGAUAGUGACCAAAAAAAAAAAUAAAUAAAUAAAUAAAGUUACAGUGUAUAGUUGUUUCAAUUUCAAACGCAAAUAUUUAUUAAGAAUUAAUAAUUUGUUUAUACUGUGCGGAGUUAUACAAGUUAAUAUAACACGCUACUAUGUUUGGAACGAGAUUGAUAGUUUAUCUUCUGUACACAUGUCUGGCGACGCUCCUGGUGCAUCGCACCACCGUGGCCAAUCUGGACCUGCCCGACAACCACCGCAACCAGCACCACCGGCAGCCGGAGCAGAAGACAUUGUCAUCGUCGUCGUCGUCGUCGUCAUGGUGCAUCGACACUUUUCCCGCGCAUCGAGCCGUCGCCCUCGUCAAUCAGACCCAAACGAUCCUCUGCAAGAUCGCGGCCGAGAUCAAGAUCUGCCGUUUCGAGCUGCCGGGCAAGUCGGGCUCGCUGUAUCUCGAGCCGGGCCAGGCCAAAGCCGAGGACGGCAUCGAGUACUGGGGCGAGGGCUUCGAGCGCGGCGAGUGCGGCAUCAAGAUCGACCGGGUGCGCAAGCAGCACGAGGGCAAUUACACGUGCCACUUGGUGCCGGUGGAUAGCCGCUCGGAGAUAUCGGCGACCAAGAGGUUCACCCUCGCGAAGCCUCCGCUGAAGCCUUAUCUUCAAUUCAAUUACGGAAUGGACACGUACGACAAGACGGUCUACGAGAUCGGCGAGUCGAUACUCAUCAGCUGCACAGUCGAGGAAGCCGUGCCGACCGCCAACGUCUCUCUGUAUUUAGGCGAUCAGCUUCUGCAGAAAUUCGUGAACCCUUCGAAAGGUCAGAUGAUUUUCGAAGAAAUCACGGUUAUUAAUGCCUCUCGCGCGCUGACUUACGACGAUAACGAGAAAUUCGUGAGCUGCGUCGUGGAUCAUGUGGCGCUCAACAAGACUUAUGAAACCAAGCGACAGAUCACCGUUUUGGCGCUUGCACCCGUUGUUGCAGAGCCCCAGAUGCCGAAGAUGAACGUCGAGCUCGAGCUCGGCGAGUCCGUGAGCGUCGACGAGGGCCAGACCCAGACGAUACUCUGCAAAAUGGACAUACCGCUGAGGCUCUGCCGCUUCAUGAUCCCGGGCGAGGGCAGCCUCGUGCUGGACCCCGACGAGGAGUCCGUGGCCGACGGGCCCGAGUACUUCGGCGCCGGCUUCGACAAGGGCGAGUGCGGCGUCAAGCUGUCGCCCGUCAAGUCUCAGCACGCCGGCGACAUAACGUGCUUCCUGCUGCCCAAGAUCUCCAAGGCGCGCAAGGAGGAGUCGAGGACCAUACACCUGGUCGUGAACAGUUUGAGCAAAGACACGUCGUCGUCGUCGUCCACGUCUCGAUGAUCGAUUACAUAUUUUUAAUUUAUAUGAAUUACAAAAUAACACAACGAUAAAUACAGUGUACAUCGUGGGUAGGUUUUAGCUUGUAUUAUUGCGUAUAUCGCACGCGUAAAUGUUAUUGAAAAAUAUUACACAUAUUAGUAUAUAAAAUAUGCGUGUGUGAGUUGUAUGCAGAGAUAUAUAUAAAAUAUGAUGUAUAUGUUAGUGUAUACGAGCUCCGACUGUUCUGAUAACCUCGUAUGACGUACUUAAAUUAAUGAGAUCAGUAUAUUGUAAUGAGUGUCUGAGCAAAAAGAGAAUAGUUACUCGUAUAUAGGCGUAUAUAUAUGUAGGAAAUGUAUAAUUUUAAAGCCGUGCAUAACAUUGACUCUAUACCGAGAGCCGAAUCGAUCGACGUAUGUCAACUAAUCUUGUUAUAAAUAUUAAUAUUAUAGAAAUUACUUACAACCAAAAAAAAAAAACAAACGACAAACAACAACAAUUGAUGGUAAUGAAAAAAUCAUGUAAUUUUCGCGUACUUUAUUUUCAUUUCUCGUUCUCUCACAAAAAUAUGCUUACCAUCCGCAAUUCUCCGUCGACGUGCAGUCUGCCGUCGCGCGUCUACUCUCUGAUUCGAUUAAUUCGCAACUUUCGCGCGGAUUUCAUACAUCUCAUCUUGUUUCAAUGUGUGUACUCGACACACUCGCGUCACACAGUCCACGCUUAUAAAACACACGAGGGAUUCUCCGUCUAUUAUAUUUUCUCAAAUUGAUCUCGCGACGAUCGUCUUCCUUCCUGUACAGUGGCAACAGUGGCAGCCUGCAAAGUCGGAUAUAUAUACAGAUACAGCCGUCGGUGCGGCGCGCAUAAUUCGACAAUUAAAAUUCUCGCUCGCAACUGCUCCAUAAACAAACAACGACGAGCGAAGCGCAGCGCGGCAUUGGCACGGAAUAAUGAAUUCGCGCGCGCGCGCAACUUCUCGUCGCGAUGUCCCACGAGGUACUGUCCUAUAUAUGUAUGUAUGUAUCUCUGUGCGCGAGUGUAUGCGUCUGCGUCUGUAUAUUUUGCAAUGCACCGCCUCGCUCGAUAUAAUGUAAAAGGAAAGUUUGGAGUCUUUCAGUUUCUCGAGCGCGCGCAAUUGUGCGUAUGUAUGUAUAUCUUCUGCGUCUGUGCGCGGAGUUAAGAGACUUCUGGGACUUAUUUCGCCCGUAUUGUCGCUGCCGUUUAUAAUUGAACGCCAGCCUCGCGCAUGUAUUAUCAUUAUUAUUAUUAUAUACAUGGCAAAAGUUGAAUUGGCCUACGCGUACGGAGCGCAAAGAAGUCACGUUGACAUGCGAAACGAGAUAAGAAGUCUUGAUGAAAGAGUGUACGAGAACGAGUCGCGAUGCUGCUGCACGACUACGACGACGACUACGACGACGUGCUUGUCACUUAUGAUUAUUUAAAUCCGUUUUACUACUUCGGGCAAAUACCUCGUCGAGAAAGCUCUGCGAUUGGUCUGAAAUCCAAAAUUUUUAAUUUCCAUAUCUCUUCAAUUUUGACGAUACAUUAGUAAAAAAGAUCGAACUUUUUGUUUUUUUUUAAAGGUUUUAGUGUUGUCUAGAAAUAUUUGUACAAUGAUUGAGAAUCAAGAGAAGUUAAGUUUUAAAAAAACAAUUUGGAAGAAAUUUUUAUUUAGAAUUCCAAAAAACAUACUAGCAAAAUUUUCCUAAACAUUGAUAAUGAUAGUUCAUUUGCACGGAACGAAGCAACGAAUAUUCGUUAAAAAGGAUUUUAGUACCCAUAAGAAUAAUUAGAAAUUUUAGAGGUGGAGAUUCGUAAGUUUGGAUUUGUGUACUUGUACUAGGAUACAUCCAAAAAUUGGAAAGAAUAAAAUCGAAAAAAUAAGUUCAUGACUUUAUUUAAAUUCAAUUCUGUCUUGAAAAUAAGAUAUAUUGCUUUCUUUUCGGUAUUCUUACAUUUUUAAUUUCAGAUACUGGUUAUUCCAUAAAUAUUUUCAGUACCGUUAAAAAUAACAUCUGCAUGAUUGGAACUAUUUUUUUGUACACGCCAAAUAAUAUGGCUGUCAGCUACGUAUAAAUUUUUUUCAUAAAUAAAACCCUUUUUGACAUCGGAUAAUAUUGAUGGUAAUGUUACAGUUGAUUCUAUUGUCAAGUUGUCAUCAAAUAUUGAUCCACAGACCCAUGUUACAUUAUUUAUUUCAAAAUUCAACCAAUUAAUAUUACAUGAAUUUAGAUCGGGAGGAUUUGUUUGCAGAAGUGUUAUAUUGUUACUUUUUUCUAUAAUGAAAUUGUUCUGCAAUUUAUUAGUCAAAAUAUUAAAUGGUGUUAUUUCCCCCAUUCUUCCAUAACUCAAUAAAAGAAGGUUGUUAUAAGUUAGUAUUACCAUUGAGUGUACAUAACCGUAGGCAUUUGAGAGUUCAACAUUAGAAGUAAACUUCAAGUCUUUAUCAUGUAUUGUUAAAAAAUUAUAAUUAGAAAAAUAUUUCGCUAAAAAGUAUAAACGUUUCAUUUCAGAAUCAUAAAUGAACGUUGUCAGUUCCCAAUUCGGA